AAAAUGUAAACACGAAAACAAAGAGUUAGGUAGGUGUUCAUUUAAAUAUUUCGUGUCACGUUGAAAACCAGGUUAGGCUUUAAAGAUAUUAAAGAAAUAAAAUAAAAAAUCCUCCCUCCCGACUGAAAGCCGUUCUUAUAUGUCUGUGUGUUCCACAAGAUCGACUCAGUUGAUCAUGGCGCUUGGACGCGGCGGAAUCUCGGUUCUCUUGCUUUUUCCUUGUUUUCCUUAAACUAUUCCAGCACAAGAUCUCCAACACGGAUCACCAAACACAGCACUGAACUAGUCCCAUUUAUUCCCGACUCUAUUACACCGGAUGUGGUCAUGUAAACAACAGACUCGACUCAAGGAUAGAGAUUUUAUGGUCGCUUUUCCUUUUUCCUUUUUCCUUUUCCCAAGUUUCCCAGUUUAAAACGGAGCAACUCGGAAAGCGUCUGUUUCUGGAAGAGGAAGAGGAGGAGGAAGGACACACCGUGUUUAAGUGCCUGAAAAUAGUGCAACAAUGGUUAUGGUAUGGGCGUGACAUGACAGCUGAGGUGACCCUCGACCCUGUCUUGCUAUCUCUCACGCACGAGCAAAAUGUGUCUGUCUCAACUGACAGAGUGACAGAGGGACAGCACAAGCGCCACCAUGGACGAAUCGGCACUGCUGGAUCUGCUCGAGUGCCCGGUGUGCCUAGAACGGCUGGACGCCACCGCUAAGGUCCUGCCAUGCCAGCAUACGUUCUGCCGCCGCUGCCUGCUUGGCAUUGUGGGAUCGCGUGGCGAGCUGCGGUGCCCUGAAUGCCGCACGCUUGUGGAGAGCGGUGUGGACGAGUUGCCCAGCAACAUCCUCCUCGUGAGACUGCUUGAUGGCAUCAAGCAAAGACCCUGGCGAGCCGGAACGGCUUGUACCAACGGCUUGGCUGGCGGGGGGGUUCGAGAGCAUGCCAGCACAGGACCACAGCCCCAAAGAGCUCAGACCAAAAGCACAACGGUCAGGGGAGUACCCCAACUCCCCUGCGCCAAGGCCUUGUACAACUACGAUGGCAAGGAACCUGGCGACCUCAAGUUCAGCAAGGGUGACAUCAUCAUCCUUCGCCGGCAGGUUGACGAGAACUGGUACCACGGCGAAGUGGGCGGAGUGCAUGGCUUCUUCCCGGCCAGCUUCGUGCAGGUGAUCAAGCCGCUUCCACAGCCGCCGCCCCAGUGUAAAGCCCUGUAUGACUUUGAGCUAAAGGACAAAGAGGCGGACAAGGACUGCCUUCCCUUCUCAAAGGACGACAUUCUGACAGUAAUUCGACGUGUGGACCAGAACUGGGCUGAGGGAAUGCUGGGAGAUAAGAUUGGCAUCUUCCCCAUAUCUUAUGUAGAGUUUAACUCGGCCGCACGGCAGCUGAUCGAGCUCGACAAGGCACCAGACGACACGGCCGAAGGCACUUCCUCCUCCUCAUCCUCUUCCUCCUCCUCCACCAACUCGUCCUCUGGACCUCAAGCCAACGGCACCCAAAAAGUGUCAGGGGAGAAAAAGAACAGCAAGAAGCGCCACUCGUUCACCUCGCUGACCAUGUCCCAUAAGCCGUGCCUGGCACCACCACCGCAGCGCCACUCCAUGGAGAUCAGCGGACCCGUUCUCAUCAGCUCAUCGAACCCGACAGCGGCUGCACGCAUCGGAGAGCUCAGCGGGGGGUUGUCCUCCAGCGCCCCCUCGCAGGUUCACAUUUGCACAACAGGCCUCAUUGUCACACCACCACCAAGCAGUCCUGUAACGACGGCCACGGUCUUCACUUUUCCUCCAGAGACCAGCUACGCCUCCAUCCCUGUGGACACUUUGCCGCCUCCUCCCCCUCCUCCUCCACAAUCCACCUCUGUGGGUGCGGCGGCGUCGCUGGCCGCGGGGCAGAGGCCGUCCCCCACUGCAAGCGACCAGAGUGGACGCCAGAGACCGACUGUGUAUGUUGCGAUGUUCCCAUACACACCCCGUAAGGAUGACGAGCUGGAGCUAAGAAAGGGCGAGAUGUUCCUGGUGCUGGAGCGCUGUCAGGACGGCUGGUUUAAAGGAACGUCCAUGCACACCGGCAAGAUCGGAGUUUUCCCCGGCAACUACAUGAGUCCUGUUAGCAGAACGGUCGCAAGCAGCAGUCAGCCCAAAGUACCUCUAGCGAUGUCCUCGCAGGCCGGACGUGGCGUCACCGUUGUCAGCUCCUCCUCCUCUCCCAUUGGAGUGGCUCUGGCUGGCAUUGACCCCAACAAGCCCCUUCCUGUUUGCACAGGCCACACCCCUUCAAGCCCCAUCCCCGCAGCUGUAGUCACGGCGGCCCAUAUGCCACCUGGUCAGCAUCCAAAAGUGCUCAUGCAUGUGACGUCACAGAUGACGGUGAACCAGGCACGCAAUGCUGUGAGGACCGCCGUGUGCCACAAUCAGGACCGCCCUACUGCAGCCGUAACGCCAAUCCAGUCCCAGAACGCCAUGGCUUUCCUGACUCACCUUGCUGUGUGUCCGCAGCCAGCACCUGGCAGUAGCUCCGCCUCCAACCCUGCGUCAAGCAGAAUGGGAGUGGCUAUGGGCUGCGCUGCUGCCUCACUUACCCCACCCAACAUCAGCGCUGCUUCUCUGGAGGUCGAUGGCAUGAGACCCACCGCCAUGGUGUCGCUCCCGGUCGCUCCCGGCAACACCAAGCCUCUCGGUGCCACAGCAGCAAAUCAGGCUCCUGCUUGUAAACUAGACAAGAGGGAGAAGAAAGGCUUGUUGAAGCUGUUGUCCAAUAAAAAGAAGCUCCGCCCAUCUCCACCCUCAUCUCCAACUCUGGAGGCAGAGCAAGCCGCUGCCGCGGACAUGCCUCAAGGAGCCAUGGCACCUGAACAGCCCCUGUCCAAUCCAACAGCAGCAGCCAGUGGAAACCAUUGCAGGACUGGACCCUGUCCCAUGGAAUCAGACUCACCUGCACCUUCAUCAUCGUCAUCAUCAAAUAGUGAGACUGCACGCAGGACUGGCUGUCAGGAAAACUCUGCUCCUAUUGCACCGCCACCACGGCAACCGUGCUCCUCUCUCCUGUCUGUGCAGCACGAUGGACGGCCAAUAGUGUGCGAGAGGUACAGUAACGUCAACAUGGUACCGUGUGGUGGUGUCGUACCCUCCACAGAGCGAGGCUGAGCUGGAGCUGAAGGAGGGCGACAUCGUGUUCGUGCACAAGAAGCGUGAGGACGGCUGGUUCAAAGGCACGCUCCAGAGGAACGGCAGGACGGGCCUCUUUCCCGGCAGCUUCGUCGACAGCAUCUGACUCAAACACAUGCAGGCAAAAUUACACCGAGCUGUUAGCAAGCCUGGAAAGAUCCCAGGAGUGACAGACAGAAGGGAUGAACGAUGAUCAACAGUGUGUACACAGGAAUGGAUCUAAGCACAAAUCAAGCCUUCUCAUGGCUAUUACAGUUUUACACAGAGACAAAAAAAAAGCACAUUUCUCAUAUUCACCAAGCACAUGUAUAAAACCGACAGCACGAGACACAGCGCUCAACUGACCUGGAGCUCGUCAUGUGAUGAUACGUUAAUUUAUUUAGCUGUAUUUCCGCAUCACUUUAUUGUAUAUAAGCAAACAGAGCUGAUCUAUGAGUGAACUGAGCAGAGCUGGAAAAAUAUGAAUAGAAUUUAUUAUACUCUUUUACAUAAAAAAAAAGACAUUAUAAUUUUGGUUGUAGGGGAGUGAUGGAUGAUUUAAUGUGAAUUAUGAUUGGCUGCCCCAGAUGUGUCGCUGAUUCACGUCGCUCGGUCAUCGUUGGAUGCAGACGGACAGGAGAACGGAUGUCGCUCGCUGCCCGGUUAAACUACUGUUGAUCAUCCUGACCAUAGAGUUGUACUUUAAUUUACUACUGAAUUUUUUAAAAGGAAUAUUACAAAAAAGACACAGAAAUGACAUGGGUUAGUGAAAUCAUAAGCAUAUAUAUAUUAUAUAUGUAUGAAAAGAUAAUAAUUUCUCGAAGUUGCGAUGGCUCGUGCGUAAUGAAUCGUAGCGACUCGGUGUCGAGUAAAUAAUGAGGAUGUAAUGAAUCUGCUGUAGAUUUUAUUCGGGGUUUAGAGGGAGUUAGAUGUAGUAUGGUUAAUGCUUCUGAUAUAACUUUUGAUAUUUAAAAACCAAAAAAAAUAAAUAAAAAUGAUACACUCCAUAGAAAGCAUCUGAGCGGUGGUGGAGGGUGUAGAUGUGUAACUCAAAGUUGUACUAAUUAUACUUCUAUAUAUUAUAAGUAUGAUAGCUGCUGGCUCCCUUUUGUGUCUGUGUUUUUUUUUAAUUUUUUUUUAAAAUCAUGAGCGUUUGACUGACAGCUGAGUGAUGGAUCACUGAAGCACACUCAUACUUUUACUCGUGUCGUCUUGUGCUGUUGUGUGUUUGUUAUGGUGUGUGUCAAGCUGUGUGUGUUUUCUCGACAGCUCAUUUUAGUCUAUUGCACUAUAUCUGACAGAUUGACCUUUUGCUCAAGGUGCAACAGAUCGACGGCUCGGAGGCUUCGAGUUAGUUCAGCGUACCAGUGUUCCUCAUUUUACUCGUGUUUGCCUCACAGUUUCGUCUGUAGCGUUUUAGUCAUUUCACUCAUGCAGGUCGUUUGAAAACUUCGGAGGUUCAACAUUUAGAGAUCAUACCACAAAUCCAUGGCUUACUUCUUAAUAACACGCCAUCUAUUAUCAGUUCUACAAUGCAAAAACACUUUUGACUUCUUUUAUUUAUUUAUUUUUUUCUAACCAUCCUCUUCUGCUCAUAAACCCACUAAUACUUCAUUUAAAAUCCAGAAUUAGCUGCUGUUCUUAUUCCAGACGAAUCCUAGACAUUUACUCUUAUUCCAUGGUGAUUCGAAUCAAGACGUCUUAAAUUCGUGACCAAACCCACAUACAGUUCAAAUUUAUUCCUUAUGUACUAAAAGUAGAAACAUUUCUAUUUGAGUUAGCAAGAAACAAUUGCCAAAGUAAAUCUUUUAACUAACUAGCUAAUGUUUUUUUGUUUUUGUUUGUGUUUUACGGGAAGCUCAAGUGCCUGUGCUGUGUGGUUGAGUUGCACAAAAUGAAAAAGAGAAGAAAAAGCAGAUUCAGGCUGAAACUGACACCCCAGUUCAAUCCAUAUCCUCUUGAUCUCUUCCUACACACACCUUUUUUUUUCCGUAUAUCUGUCUAGUUGUUAGACCGGACGAUUCUCAUGCCUUGUUAGAGAGAUGCAGUACUAACCCUGACUUGAACACCUAUUCUUCUUUCAUUAUUAUUAUUAUUUUUGAAAUCCUUUUUGUUACUGGUUUUUACUACAUGCUCGUCUGCUAGUCAUGAAGUUGAUCUCAUACUCGGUACUAAAUCAUUGGAAGAAAUUAGUCAUUUUGUAAUGUGCUUAACUGUAAUAAAAGAUUUCCAAAUGA